CUGGUGGUGCCCGCAGGUAUGCUUUCCUUAAACCGCACUGGGGUCAGCCACACCGUCUUCUACUUGCUGGGCAUCCCCGGCCUCGAGGACCAGCACCUGUGGAUUUCCAUCCCCUUCUUCAUUUCCUACGCCACCGCCCUGCUUGGGAACAGCCUGCUCAUCUUCAUCAUCCUCACGAGGCGCAGCCUGCGUGAACCCAUGUUCCUGUUCCUGUGCAUGCUGGCCGGGGCCGACCUGGUCCUGUCCACCUGCACAGUGCCUCAGGCCCUGGCCAUCUUCUGGUUCCGUGCUGGGGAGAUCUCCCUGGAUCGCUGCAUCACUCAGUUCUUCAUCAUACACUGCAUCUUCAUCUCCGAGUCAGGCAUCCUGCUGGUGAUGGCGUUUGACCGCUACGUUGCCAUAUGCCACCCUCUGAGAUACACCACUGUUCUGACACACACGCUGAUUGGGAAGAUCGGUGUUACCAUCGUCCUGAGAAGUUAUUGUGCCCUUUUCCCCAUCGUAUUUCUUUUGAAAAGGCUGACGUUCUGCCAAAGUAAUGUCCUUCCACAUACCGGUUGUGAACACAUUGGCUUGGCCAAAUAUGCUUGUAAUGACAUUCGAGUGAACAUCUGGUAUGGCCUCUUUGUCAUCGUGUCAACGGUGGUCUUAGACGUCCUGCUAAUUUUUGUGUCCUACAUGCUGAUUCUCCGUGCUGUCUUCCACAUGCCUUCCCAAGAUGCUCGUCAUAAAGCUCUCAACACGUGUGGCUCCCAUGUCUGCAUCAUCAUCCUCUUUUAUGGGCCUGCCAUCUUCACCACCCUGACUCAGAGGUUUGGACGCCACAUCCCAGCUCAUAUCCACAUUUUGCUGGCCAAUGUCUGCGUGCUGGCUCCCCCGAUGCUGAAUCCCAUCAUUUAUGGGAUCAAGACCAAGGCAAUUCGAGAGCAGGUGGCUCUGAUAUUUUCCCCAAAGCAGAAAUAACUCUGGAGGAGGCACAGAGCUUUGAGCAUCUCACUGUCUGUGCUGUGGACAGUGGAUGUGGUGGAUGGAGACACAAGUGGGAAAGUGACUAGUAGGAAACAGCUCAGUGAAAUCAGUUUCCAGAGAAGGGUACAUGGUAGUAAGUCUUAUUGACUUUGUGUCUUCUUUCCCUGGCUCAUGUUGGUUUAAUUCGGAGGCUCAUCCAGAGACCCUAAGAGCGUGGAGGAGGAUUUUUCCUGUCCUCUGGAUUCCACUUUAGCGACGAGGAAGUUAACCUGAUGUUGUCAGGUGUUGUUUGAGAGUGUUAAGACCUAGAAAGUCAGGGUGUGAUUUAGGAUUUAGAAAGUGAGUGAUCCUGGUGUUGACUGUUAGGGUUUUGGUACAUGGACUCAGACUGCAAUGAACUGGAUUCAGCUUUUGGAUACUGGCAGUGUCACCAGUGUGUCCAACAUUAAAGGCUAGUUGAUAGUUGAUGAGUUCCCACUGCCACACUUCUCAGUGCAGGGACUUUCGAAGAGUGAGUUUUAUUACAGCGUUUAUUCCAAGUAUUUGUUAAAAAGAACCCAUGUGCUAUUUCAAGUCAUCAGGCCUCAAAA